AUGAUGGGCAGACGGUCCGCCAAAAUCGCCCUCAAAAAGGGGAAGGCCGACGGCAACAAGGCCAAGCUCUACGGAAAGCUUGGCAAACUCAUCGCCCAGGCGGCACGGGCCGGGGGCCCAGACCCAGUCACCAACAUGCGGCUGCGGGAGGUCUUGCACCAGGCCAAGCUCGCCUCCCUCCCAAACGACAUCGUCACGCGAAACCUGGAGAAGGCAACGGACAAGUCCGCCGCGAACUUUUCGGAGGUGGUGUAUGAGUGCUAUGGUCCUGGCGGCACGGGGUACGUCAUCGAGUCCCUCACCGACAACACCAACCGCUCCGCUUCCACCGUCCGGGCGGCGGUGACCAAGGCGGGCGGCAAGAUGGCGGACCCCGGCUCCGUGCUCUUCGCGUUUGCCCGCCAGGGAGUCAUCCUCGUGGGGGGCCGGGAGGAUGACAUCCUGGAAGCUGCCUUGGAGGCCGGUGCCCAGGAUGUGCUGCCUGGCGAGGAGGAUGGGGAGUUCAAGAUCCUCACCGCGCCUGCGGACUUUGCAGCGGUGUGCUCCCGCCUGGCGGAGGCGGGGAUCGAGGUGGAUGGCGAGGACGCGAGCCUGGCCUACCUCCCAUCCGCCCCCGUCGAUGUGGGCGCAGAGGCCCAGGCAGCAAACGAGGUCCUGAUGGAGCGACUGCUCGCCGUGGAUGACGUCGAUGCCGUGUACACAAACUGUGCUGGGCUGGCAUGA